AAUCACCAUGUUUCCCCUUUAUACCAAUCCUAUCCAUGAUUUUUGCACUGAUCUUUUUAGCAACACAUCUCAAUUAUUUCAUUGAAGCCCCAAAUUUCAAAUCAACAACACCACAAGAAGGGAAAAAACAUCUCCAUUUCCAAAACCAUAUCCAAUUAGUAGCACAUUCAAAAUGCAAAGGAACACUCUACCCUGAUCUCUGUGUCUCAACCUUAUCCACAUUCCCAAACCUUGAAACAAGAACAAUGCCACAAAUAAUCUCCAAAGUAGUCAACCACACAGUCCAUGAAGUCAAAUCUUCAUCCAACAACUGCACCACCAUAAUCAAGAAUCUCCAAAACACUCUCAACACAAUUGAGAAAAGAGCCUUAGAUGAUUGUCUCAAACUCUUUGAUGACACCAUAGUAGAACUCAACACCACCAUUCUUGAUCUCUCAAGAAACCCAUCAUCAUCAUCAUCAUCUUCCAACCAAGAUUUGCAAACUCUACUAAGUGGGGCAAUGACAAAUUUGUACACUUGUCUUGAUGGUUUCUCACAAAGCAAAAAUGGGAAUGCUGUGAGAGGGUUGAUAGAGGAGAAAGUGAUUGAGAUAUCACAUCAUGUUAGUAACUCAUUGGCAAUGUUGAAGAAAGUGAAGACAAGUUUGAAGAAAGAAGAAGUGUUUGCUGAAUAUGGAACAAUGAAGAAAGGGUUCCCUUCAUGGGUUUCUGCUAAGGAUAGGAAGCUUCUAGAAGGUGGAAAUGUGAAUGAAACUAAGAUUGAUGUUGUUGUGGCUAAAGAUGGUUCUGGAAAUUUUACUACUAUUGGUGAAGCUGUAGCUAUGGCUCCUAAUUCCAGCACAACCAGGUUUGUGAUAUACAUAAAAAGUGGAGCAUACUUGGAGAAUGUGGAAGUAAUUAGAAAGAAGAGUAAUUUGAUGUUUAUUGGAGAUGGCAUUGGAAGGACCAUUGUCAAGGCGAGUAGGAAUGUUGUCGAUGGCUGGACCACUUUUCAAUCAGCUACUGUUGCUGUGGUAGGAGAAGGCUUCAUAGCUAAGGGCAUAACCUUUGAGAACUCAGCCGGGCCAGACAAGCACCAAGCCGUGGCGCUACGAAGCGGCGCCGACUUCUCCGCCUUCUACAAAUGCAGCUUCGUCGGCUACCAAGACACCCUCUACGUCCACUCCAUGCGCCAAUUCUACCGCGACUGCGACAUUUACGGCACCGUUGACUUCAUAUUCGGCAACGCCGCCGUACUCUUCCAAAAUUGCAACCUCUACGCACGAAAACCUAACGAGAAUCAAAAGAAUCUUUUCACCGCACAAGGCAGAGAAGAUCCGAACCAGAACACCGGAAUUUCGAUCUUGAAUUGCAAGAUCGCCGCCGCAUCGGACCUAAUUCCGGUCAAAUCGUCGUUCAAGAGUUACUUAGGGAGGCCAUGGAAACUAUACUCGAGAACGGUGUACCUUAGAUCUUACAUGGAGGAUCUGAUUGAUCCGAAAGGGUGGCUUGAAUGGAAUGAGACAUUUGCAUUGGACACACUUUAUUAUGGUGAGUAUAUGAAUAAGGGGCCAGGUUCAAACACAAGUGGUAGAGUAAAUUGGCCAGGUUUUAGGGUUAUUAAUAGUUCCAAUGAAGCAAGCCAAUUCACUGUUGGUGAGUUCAUACAAGGUAGUGAAUGGUUGAACAACACUGGCAUUCCAUUCUUCUAUAAUUUGAGUUGAAUCAUAUGUAUAUGGUAGAUUAUUAUAUUUAGUGUUAUGUA